CCAGCGGGGCGCGGGCUCUGCAGCAUGAGCGGCAGCAGAGGCGUCCGGAGAACUGCCGCGGAGACCGAGCCGGCGGUGCGGCUCCUGCUGGCGCUGGUAACCCUCGGCUGCCUUUGGGGUGCGACCGAGGCCCAGCUUACUGGAGUCCUUGAUGAUUGCUUAUGUGAUAUAGAAAGCAUUGAUCACUUCAACAAUUUUAAGAUCUUUCCCAAAAUACAGAAGCUUCUAGAGCGGGACUAUUUCAGAUACUACAAGGUUAAUUUGAAGAGACCAUGUCCUUUUUGGGCUGAUGAUGGUCAUUGCUCGAUCAGAGAUUGCCACGUAGAGCCUUGUCCUGAGAGCAAAGUACCGGUUGGCAUUAAGGCUGGGAGUGCUAACAAAUAUUCAAAGACAGCAAACCAUACCAAAGAGCUUGAAGACUGUGAACAAGCUAAUAAACUUGGAGCCAUUAAUAGUACAUUGAGCAACCAAAGUAAAGAAGCUUUCAUUGACUGGGCCAGAUAUGAUGAUUCGCAGGACCAUUUUUGUGAACUGGAUGAUGAGAGAUCUCCUGAUGCUCAGUAUGUGGAUUUGCUGCUGAAUCCUGAGCGUUAUACUGGAUACAAAGGGCCAUCUGCAUGGAGAUUAUGGAACAGCAUCUAUGAAGAAAAUUGCUUCAAGCCUCGGUCAGUGUAUCGUCCACUAAAUCCGCUAGCACCUGGCUGGGGGGAGGACGAUGGAGAAUCUUUCUAUACCUGGCUAGAAGGUCUUUGUCUUGAAAAACGUGUAUUCUAUAAGCUCAUUUCUGGACUCCACGCUAGCAUCAAUGUUCAUCUUUGUGCAAAGUAUCUUCUUGAAGAAACUUGGGGGAAACCUCGUUGGGGAGCCAAUGUAAAGGAAUUCACCAGUCGUUUUGACUCCACUGAAACAAAAGGAGAGGGUCCAAGGCGGCUAAAAAAUUUAUAUUUCUUAUAUUUGAUUGAACUGCGUGCAUUAUCAAAGGUUGCUUCCUACUUUGAACGUUCAAUUGUUGAUCUUUACACUGGAAAUGCCGAAGAGGAUGCAGAAACAAAGUCCCUCUUGCUGGAAAUCUUCACACACACAAAGUCGUUCCCAAUGCAUUUUGAUGAAAAAUCCAUGUUUGCUGGAGACAAAAAAGGAGCUGCAUCUUUAAAGGAAGAAUUCAGGUUACAUUUCAAGAACAUAUCCCGUAUAAUGGAUUGUGUUGGAUGUGAUAAAUGCAGAUUAUGGGGCAAACUGCAGACUCAAGGUUUAGGAACAGCUUUGAAAAUCUUAUUCUCAGAAAAAGAAAUCAAGAAUCUUCCCGAGAACAGUCCAUCAAAAGGCUUUCAGCUAACACGGCAAGAAAUUGUUGCUCUUCUGAACGCGUUUGGAAGACUUUCUACAAGUAUACGAGAACUGCAGAAUUUUAAAAUUUUAUUACAACAGAUUAGUUAA